AUGACCGACUCUGAUCAAGAGCUCAACAACAUCCUCUCAACGCACCUCUUCGAACCACUCGCACCUAAUACAGUUAACGCCACCUUGUCUCGCCAGCCGUUCAUCUCCACGCCAUCAAUAGUUAAUGCGCGACAAUUACCCCUGCCAAUUCGCAAGGGCUAUGCUUACCGAUCUGGCAGUCUCGAGAACAUCACCGACAACGACAAGCAAGCAUUACUCGAUCUCGGCAUCAAGACGAUCUUUGAUCUCCGGAGCCUAAAGGAAACAAGCAGCAACCCGGAGCCCGAAAUCAAAGGCGUCAAAGUCCUCUGGGUGCCCUCUACCGAUGACAACGAGACGACUGCGGCGGUCCAGCAGCAACGACAAGAUCCCAAGAACUUCACUUUCUUGAACAUGUACAUGGACCUAUUGUCAACUCACCGUGACGCAUACAGAUCUGUUCUCGAGCAUGUGCGAGAUCACCCCGAUGAUCCGUUCCUCUUUCAUUGCACUGCAGGCAAGGAUCGCACAGGCGUCCUGGCAGCGCUUCUGUUGAGCCUUGCUGGGGCGGACACCAGUACCAUCGAUCGCGACUAUGCGUACACACGCAUCGGCAUAGAGCCAGCGAGAGACUUCUUGACUGCAAAGUUGAUGAAAGGCCAGCAGAUCGACGUGAACAAUCCGAUCAUGAGGCGAUACGCCGAAAUACCAAUUAAUGCUAUGCAACAACUGCUGGAAGCUAUCGAGACCGUGUAUGGAGGCAGUGGUGUAGAAGGUUAUGCUCGACAGGCUCUCGGAUUCGGUGAGGAGGACUUGCGGGUGAUCAAGGCUCACCUUACUAGGACAUCACUAGCCAAAUGA